AUGUUUUAUCGUUCAGUAUCCAAGUACGAUGUCAAAUAUACGUUAUAUAUUGGAGACGGAGAUGCCAAAGUUCAUAAGUGUUUACUGGAAAGUCCUCCAUAUUCUAACGUGAAGAUAAAAAAAAUCGAAGAUGUUAACCGUUUUGCCAAGCGUAUGUUAGCUCGUAUCAAUAAGAUCAAGCAAGAUGAUAAUAAAACAACAAUAUUGUCAGAUGGUAACAAACUGCAUGGAAAAGGUCGAAUGAAUGAUGGUCCAGCUAUAAAAUUCAAGAUCUAUUUUGGCAAGGCUAUCCGUGAAGACAAAUCUAAUCUCGAUGAUAUGUGUAAACGAUCAUGGGCUAUUUUCUAA